GAUGUGAGCUGAACAGCAGUGCGCGUUCCUAUACUUUUAAAGUCUCGGAAGAAGAUGAUUCAGAACAUUUCCUAGUUCUGAAUAUGGCUUGUCUGUCCGAGGGUGCCAAAGAUGAAUGCAACAUUGUGGAGGUGGUGGGUCGUGAUUAUCAGAACAAGGAAGUUACUGUGCCUGUGGCCAACCUGAAGCUGUCGUGCCAACCCUGGUUGUGUUUAAAUAAUUUUGAGUUCCAGCCUCCCGUGACCUUCCGUCUGCGCUCAGGAUCUGGCCCUGUUCAUCUUGCAGGACAACAUCAAAUCUUUCACAGAAAAGAUCUCUCAGAUGAUGACUUCAGUGAUGAGGAAGAGGAAUCUGUUGACCAGGAGGAAGAGCUUUCUCCAAUCAAGCCAGCCAAGAAAAAACAAAAAUCAUAGCUGAGCUUCUCUGUAGGUACCUGUUCAAUUGCCUGAGAAUGCUCAUCCUGAGUGGAAUAUUAGUACAGUUCUUCUUGUUUUCAUUCAUUAAGCUUGUAAUGUUAUUGUAGGUUACCAUGGGCAGUUCUCCAUUCACAGCAUUGGUACUGACUUCCUGAAAAAUCAGCCUUUUCAUUUAAAGGCUCUGAACAGGAAAUGUUCCACAGCAAUGUCUCGUUUAGCUCUUUAACCCAUCUCUGAUUUUAUAUUCUAAAUAGCGUGGUAUAGUGUAGAACAGAACUCGCUGUUACAGAUGGACAAGGAAAGUAGCCAUCUGCAACACUGGUAGGGACCAUCCAGUGUGCAGCUUUCCUUGUCCUGGUAGUGUUAACAGACACAUGUGCUGAUCCUGGCAGCAGUUUAAUGAAGUUGGUCUGGGAUCUCUGCUCCUCUCCAAGGUGUGAGGAGCGGUAGAACCAUCUAGGUGUGGUUAGCUGUGGGGCUAAAAAAUAGGUGUCCAGAUCCUAGUUGUGUUUGCUGUCGUGACUGAGGUUCUUAUUUUAUUGAGAUGCAACUGGAGCUGAAUUAAAUAGCUCGCUGAAUCUGGUGGCUGUUAGAACCAACAGGUGUUUCUUAUUCUGUGGGGGAAAAAAUCUGAGGAGUUGUUGGAGAACUGCAAGGGUGUAACUCACUCCUGAAAAAAAAAAUCAAUACUGUGAGGCUUUUUAAUAAGAAUUUCUUUAUACUAAGAAAAGUAUCCAAUUGUUAGCCCUUUGCUCCUGAUAUUUAUUUUUUUUCAAGUAAAAAGCAGGGUCCGUUUUCCAAAUCUGUUCAGGUUACAUCUUUUUAGUGAACAUUAUCUACUUCUCAGGAAAUGUUACUGACUCCAUUUUGCUAACUUUGGGUGGCUCCUAAUUUUGUUUUGGUAUGAACCGCAUUCCCUGCAAUAGUUGAUCAAUUCAGUAGUUACUGAAGAUAACUUCCUAGAUUCACUUUCUGAGAAAAAAAUAAAGAUUUAUUUUUUAUUUAUCUUCAUAGAUUUUAAAACAUUAUUCGGUAUUGACCAGGUGGAGUUUAUUACACUUUAUAAUUCAGUACAAGCUGGAGAGACAGGUUUUUACCUUUGAUAGAUAGCUGAGAAUGCUGCCUGUAUGUUUUGCCCUUGUUACUGGUGUCCUUUUUUUAAUAAACACAUUUG